GACUUCGAGCUACUACUGGUUGUGUCGUUUCCACUUAGAACCCUAACGUUAACAGAAAGGAAUUCCAAAAAUGGCUGUUUCAAGAGCUGGAAUGGCUUCAUCUUUCCUUCUUCGCAAUGUCAUUCACCGGUCUUUCUCUACCAGUCCAUUUGAAGCAAUGGCAGCCAAAAUGAAACCUUCAAAGGAACUUGAAUCAAUGAUGGAACAGUUCUCACUAGACAUUAGUUCCCAAAUUGGAAGUUGUAUGCCAUUAGGUAUGAUGCGAAUUGGAACCUUAAUUCACAACAUUGAGAUGCGACCUGGACAAGGCGGUAAAUUGGUUCGAUCAGCUGGUACAUCUGCUAAAAUUCUCACGGAACCAAAAGCUUCUACUAAGUACUGUGAAGUGAAGUUACCUUCAGGUGUGAAGAAAUUGAUUGAUGUUAAAUGUAGGGCAACGAUAGGGCAAGUUUCGAACCCGGAACACGGGACGAAGAAGUUGAGAAAGGCGGGGCAAUCGAGGUGGCUUGGAAGGAGACCGACGGUUCGUGGUGUGGCGAUGAACCCGGUUGAUCAUCCACAUGGUGGUGGUGAAGGGAGGAGUAAGAGUAGUGGAAGUCAUGGAAGGGUUUCGAUGACUCCUUGGGGAAAACCUACUAAGGGUGGGUAUAAAACUGGGCCACUUAAGAGGAAAAAGUAGUUCUUUUUGUUGGGGUAAUUUGAUGGAUAUUUGUUUGCGUUGUUAUGUUUUUGGAUGAAGUUUAUGGAGAGAUAAUAACUAUUAGCAAAUCAAGUUUGAAUCUUGUUUAGGAUUGUGGAGGUUUUUUCUGCUUUUUGGUUUGAUAGAAAUUGGUACUUCAGGUUUAUUUCAAACUAACGGUUGCUCGAAGGAUUUCUUUGGGGGUUGCCAGUGUAACUUUGCUGUGCCAGACUCUUUCUUUCUCAUUAACUAUACUGAAAGUUGGGCUUGUUUUGGCUGGUCAAUUUAGGAUUUCAUGUGUGGCUGCUCCAGAGUAGAGAUUUAGCACUCUGCAAAGUAAUGAAUAAACUAGUUGUAUCAAGGUUUUCUUCUGCUGGUUCGAAAUAUUAUUCAGAAUCAAACUUAUUAUAGUAUAUGCAUAUGUAGUUCUACAA